AUGGAAAAAGACCAUAGCUUUGCUCCCUUCUCUUGUCUGUUGGAAAAUUCGCAAAUCGCGACGUCCUGGAGAUGGCGGGUGCUCAUCAACGCCUGCGUCGAGAAUGGCGAGUGCGAUGCGGCCCUACGGUUCUUUUUCAGGAUGAUGAGCGAGCCUCCGUCGAGGCGUCUUCUUCGCUGUGCGAUCUCGCCACCGGCCCGUGGACGCGGAGACUGUGGUGACCAACCAUGUAUGGAAAAUGCGGCAGCCUGGAAGGUUCUCGACUCAAAGCUCGUUGAGAGAUGGGUGUCGUGGAAUACGAUGAUGCCCUCAAUGGGUCACAAGAAGGUGCUAGAUCUACUUGGCGAUGCUGCUCGAGGGAUACAGGCCCGUGGAGCUUCCGGAAUGCCGUGUCCUAGCACCGCGAAAGCUCUUGCGCAGCCAUACAUGUUGAUGAGUGCCGAGUCGAGCAGCAGGGAGCCAUCGAAGCCUGAGCCAUCGAAGCCUGUGUGCGUGGAUUGUUUUGCCUGCACGGGCAUAAGUAAGCACUCUACCUCUCCCUUCAGUUCCAUGCUGCUGGACGGCAUCUCCACCGAUGUUAUGGCGCUCGCCUUUGGCGAGCGGCCAACUUUCGAGCACUAUGUGGUCAUCUCGGAUAUGCUCAGCCGAGCUGGGAGGCUCGAAGAGGCCGAGAAUUUGCUAAGAAGUAUGCCGUUCCAGCCGGACUCGGUGUCGUGGAGGACGCUGCUCAGUGCGUGCUCGAAUCACAACAAUCCCCACGAGCUGCCGAUCCUAGACCUCAGUCCCAGCAAUCCUCCGGCAUUAGCUUUGCUGUCCAGCAUCAUCUCGGCCGCGGGAAUGAGUGAUGAGGCCGAGAAGUUGAUGGACGAACACAAGAUCGCGGUUUGGGAUUUGUGUAUGUCAUCAAAAGCAUGUUUGCAAGCAGGGAAUACGGUGCCGGCUCCCGGGGAGUGA